CCUCUCUUCGCUCUCUCACAAACCCUAGAAAUCCUCUCCUCUGUCUUUCAAACCGUAGAAGUCCUCUCUUCUCCCUCCCUCCCUCCCUCCCUCUCUCUCUCGAUCCCUAGAAAACCUCUCUCCUUCUCUCACUCAAGAAAUCAAAAGGGGAAGAUGUUGGAGCUGAGGCUAGUUCAAGGGAGCCUCUUGAAGAAGGUUCUUGAAGCUAUCAAGGACCUCGUCACCGAUGCCAACUUCGAUUGCUCGGCCACCGGAUUCUCGCUCCAGGCCAUGGAUUCCAGCCACGUGGCGCUCGUGGCCCUCCUCCUGCGAUCGGAGGGCUUCGAGCACUACCGCUGCGAUCGCAACCUGUCCAUGGGCAUGAAUCUCAGCAACAUGUCCAAGAUGCUAAAAUGUGCCGGGAAUGAUGAUAUCAUCACCAUCAAGGCCGAUGACGGAAGCGAUACCGUCACUUUCAUGUUCGAAAGUCCCAGUCAAGAUAAGAUUGCUGAUUUUGAGAUGAAGCUAAUGGACAUUGAUAGCGAGCAUCUUGGAAUUCCAGAAGCAGAGUAUCAUGCCAUUGUAAAGAUGCCAUCAGCCGAGUUCUCAAGGAUUUGCAAGGACCUCAGCAGCAUUGGAGAUACUGUUGUAAUUUCAGUGACAAAGGAAGGAGUGAAGUUCUCUACCAGGGGUGAUAUUGGAACUGCAAAUAUUGUUUGCCGGCAAAAUACAUCUGUAGACAAGCCAGAGGAAGCGACGAUCAUAGAGAUGAAUGAGCCUGUGUCAUUGACCUUUGCUCUGAGGUACAUGAAUUCUUUUGCCAAGGCUACUCCAUUGUCGAAUGCGGUGACCAUAAGCCUAUCCUCGGAACUGCCUGUUGUUGUGGAAUACAAGAUUGCAGAGAUGGGUUAUAUCCGGUUUUAUCUUGCCCCCAAGAUUGAAGAUGAGGAUGAGGAGACCCAGACGAAGCCUCCGCCAGAGAAGAAGCCCAAGGUAGAAACAAAGACUGAUGACUAGAGAUAAUCAGCCUUUUUGAAGUUGUUGAGCCUCGUUGUUAUUCCUUUUCCAAUUUCAUCUUGCCUCAUCUCUUUAUCUUCUUGAUUUAGUUAUGUUUCUUAUUUCUCCAACGAGAAAAGGAAUUCUAAGAGAGAUUUAGGACAGCUCGUGCAUGUAUAAUGUUGUUUUGGGCAACUGUCAGGAUAAUAUUUUUGGUGGAAGAAUUAUGUUUAAUCAGUCUGAGUUAUGCUUUGGACCUA